AUGGCUAUCAUCGAAGAGGUUUACAAGGCUGUAGUGGUAGGCGGGGGUCCUGCUGGAAUCGGCGUGUUUGUUCGAGCAGCUCGCGCAGGCUUAAUGCCUCGAUUGAUGAAUCCUGAAAUGGUGGGCACCGCUAAAGACAUCGAGAUCAGCACUCAACUUGGAUACAAGCAGAUGGGCGUGGCUGUUCUUCAUGCCGGUGACGCCAAAACCUUCGGUGGUGGCAAUUUGGGGGAGUACAUCAUCAACUCGAAUACAUUCGCGUGCAGUCUGCUAGCCAGUGUUUUGGACGAGAAACCCGACCUGGACCCACCCGAGAGUAUCAAGAACACGUUUCUGGAGAAAGCGCGCGUGCACGAAAGUGCCAAACGACUUGAAGAGAUUGGUGCCGCGCCCGGAAACCUGACGGAGAUCGGACACUUCCUUCGUCAUGUUGGAGCCUGUCUGAUCGAAGAGAUCAACGACAAAGCUCCUGACACAAGUAAGGUUCUGCUGACCACGAUUGCUACCAAGUAUGAAGCUCUGGAGAACGGGAUUAUUCGUAUUGAGGCUCGCAACACCAAUGGCAGUGAUGACACUGUAAUACUUCACACUGAGCACCUCGUGUUGGCCAUGGGAGGUACUCAAGAACUGCCAUCACUCGACAACCCCGCUUACCACUCAAAGUUAUUCGCUUCAGAUGUGUGUCUCCGUGAAGAUGGCUUUGCAAGACUCAAGGAGCAUCUUCUCGCGCAGCCAACAGGCGAACGGAAAGUGUGCAUUGUAGGUGGAUCCCACAGCUCCUUCUCGGUUGCUUGGCUGCUUCUGAACAGGUUCACGGACCCAAAGCCAAUCACCACAAGAAAACCUUCAACAAGCUCAUCCAGUCCGAAGAAACUCGCUUCAUCGGACCCAAAGAAGGCUAAAGAGGAGGGUGAGACCGCUUUAGUCAUGCCGCACCUCGCGUCGAUCGGUGCCCCCGUGACAGCCACCGCACUCGUUUCCCCGCUCACCAUCACGAAAUGCGAGACUACAGGUACUCCCGUCAAGGUGAAACGCACAUCGCUUACUAGUACCAGCGGUGACAACCCAGCUCCGAAGUCGACCAUUUUCAACGCCAAGGACAUCAUGAUACUGCAUCGAUCUCCGAUUCGGUGCUACUAUGGGACGAAGAAAGAAGCCGAAGCUGAUGGAGCGGACGCCAGUCGCGUCGAUCGCUCCGGGUGCGUGAACACCUUCACGGGGCUACGCGAGGACGCGAAGAGGCUAUUCAAAAGCGUGACAGCUGGGCGCGAGAUGCGCGUGAGGCUCUUCCAGGUGAAUCAACAGGGCUCACAGGCUAUCACCGACAAAGCGUACGCAGCCGCCGGCGCCAUCGUUUGGGGUGCCGGCUACAAGACAAACCUGCUCCCGGGAUUCGACGAAGCGGGGAACUCUCUCACUUUCCGCCAAGAGAACGGGGUCGUGAAGCUCGACAAUAAGGCGCGACUGCAGCUUCUCGCCCCAUUCAAGGGCAAGAGCCCCAGUGUUCUAGGUGUCGGACUGGGUUUCAGUCUGCGUUCAGCAGUGGACGAAAUGGGCACGGAGACGCGUGUGGACGGUGUGACAGUCUACCACCGUCGAGGCGCAUUGCUGGUGUUAGAAGCUCUCUUCGGCCCUGAAGUCUUUGGCACCAGCUCCAGCUUCGAAGAGAUGGUGGAGAAGAACGAGAAGAAGAAGCGCGAGGCACAGGCGCUCAGGGCCGAGAGGUCCGAAAAGUGA